CAUGAAUGGGUUCUGGUUCUGGAGAGGGAGGGCGCGUCAUCGAGACCUGCCCGGAAAAGUGGGUGUUUUGGGAUACUCGUACUACUAGCUCGAUGCAGCUACUAGAUUAUUUUUAUCCGCAGAACAUUUUCUUCAUUUAUUGCAUUUCAGAAAGCAGCAGUCAAAAGGAUAAUUUGUUUAAGACAGCGUUGUAGGAACAGCUAGCUAGACCACCAGACGCCGACGUUGGUUCAAAGCUCCAGAGGAAGAUAGAAGUGUGCCGCUAAGAUGGGUUUCCGCAAGAAGAACAAGAGCCCACCGGUUCUGAGCCAUGAGUUUGUGAUCCAGAACCACGCCGACAUGGUUUCUUGCUUGGCCAUGGUCAUCCUGCUUGGUCUGAUGUUUGAGGUGACAGCCAAGUUUGCGAUCAUGUUCAUUACGGUCCAGUAUAAUGUUACACAAGUUCUAGAGGGAAAGAAGGAGCCAGUGAACUUUUACCAGUAUGGCCCCAAAGAUGCAGCUACAGUUGUCUUUUACCUGCUCAUUGCAGUCAUACUGCAUGCCUUGAUACAAGAAUAUAUUCUCGACAAAAUGAACCGGAGGUUACACCUCUCAAAGACCAAGCACAGCAAGUUUAAUGAAUCUGGACAGCUGGCUGCCUUCUACCUGUUCUCCUUCGCGUGGGGCUGCAGCAUCCUGACGGCAGCGGAGUUUGCCACAAAUCCCACCUUCUUGUGGGAAGGUUACCCACACACCCACAUGGGCUUUCAGGUGAAGUUCUUCUACAUUUGCCAAAUUGCCUAUUGGCUACACGCACUUCCUGAACUAUACUUUCAAAAAGUACGAAAGGAGGACAUCCCUCGCCAACUCUACUACAUUUGCCUUUAUGUUGUCCACAUCACUGGUGCCUAUGUCUUAAACCUCCAUCGACUGGGCCUGGUGCUGCUGGUGCCUCACUACCUGGUGGAGCUCCUGUUUCACGCCUCGCGUCUCUUCUACUUCAGUGACGAGAACAAGCAGAAGGGAUUCACCUUAUGGGCGCUGCUGUUCGUGAUUGCCCGUCUGCUCACCCUCACCGUCUCGGUUCUGACGUUUGGAUUUGGGCUCCCCCGCACGGACAACCAGGGCUUCUCUCUGGCUGAAGGGAACUUCAAUGUGCUCACCAUCAGGAUGACCUGCCUGGCUGCGAUUUGCCUCACACAGGCCUGGAUGAUGUGGAAAUUUAUAAACUUUCAGCUGAAAAAGUGGAGGGAGCACAGUCAGAACCAGGGGUCCAAGAAGAAGACAACCAGUCCCAAGAGCAAGCCUUACAAGAGGGAGCCGGCGAGGGGUGGCGCUACUAACGGCAUCGUGAAGUCAGACGACAGGACAUCACCGCGGGCCAGAAAAGCCAAAGCGUCAUAGGGAGACAGAGGAGCGGUGGUUGUGUGUAUGUAUGGGUGUGUAUGUGGCGGAUGUGGUGGUGACACGCUAUCGGGACCUAUUAUCGGUACACAGUUCAACGAUCCACUAUCAGGAUGCACUCUAGAGAUAUUAUAGCUUCUUACUGCUUCAGGUUCCAUGUUGUGACUUCACAACAACAACCGUUUAAUCACACUCAACUACCAUCUCCCACCUACCUGAUCCUUCUCAGUAUCCAUACAUUUAGGUGCGUUAGAUAUGGUCCAUAUCAUGAUCUUCAUUUGAGGUCUCUGUUGAUGUAGUCUUGCGGAGCCAGAGAUGACUAUGCCGCCUUGAAUGGUGGGAUUACAAUACAUAUGUAAUCAAUUAUUUAUACUACAUUUUUUUUGUAAUCAAUUGAAGGUAUUUCUGACUCCCCAAGACUAGUAGAGAUGUGAUGAGGGGGGGGGCUACUGUCCAGUCUGGCUUCGAUGCUCUAACAUGGUGGGCGGGGCUCAGUAAGUAAGUGUCUGAACAUUGGCUGUUGGGUAAAGACCCUUUCACACAUGCAUUGUUACCCUGCAAUGUUCCUGAACAUUUCCUGCAUGGGUUCAUGUGUCAAUGGGAACAGGGAUCGAUAUUCCAGGAUAUCUGCCCUAGCCAUUUGCCAGCCGGUACGGCUGUGUUGUGACUGAAGCAGUGACCUUGCCGGGAGAGGCACGUGAAGUUAUGUCGGUGUGAGGUAGGACAAGUUUGAACCAAAGACUCCGCUGAUGACGCAUUUCACGUACGUAUCUAUCUACUGUUAUCUUAAACCGCCAAUGCACCCAACGCUCUUUUGAUAUCCCUUUAAUUGUAUCCAACGCGCGUUUCUGAUUGAAAUAAUUCACAAAAACAUUAAUUGUCUCGCAAACAAGUUAAUAGCAACAUUGGCAAUGGGAAAAAACCAGCUCCUCGACCACCAUAAACACGCCAUCUGGCUUCCACUGGCUUCCACAGAUGGAAUUACCGCCAUCUGCUGGAGUGUCCCUGGGCCCAUCUUUUCCAGCGUUGCUAGUUUGCUAGGUAAAUCACUAGCGGUGCCUGCAAUGUUAUCCUAGUAAUUUACCUGGAACUAUGUGUGAAAGGGGCUUAAUAUAACAGUGAGUCAUUUCCAUUGUUCCAAGUAAGUGUUGACACUUUCGUGACAUUUUGACACGACAUGUCAAAUCUCCAACGAUACACCGUUGAUGAAUUGUCCUUACAUCAUGGUAUUUGACUUCAGGGCAGUGUAUUAUACUUUAUUUUCUGGGUUAAGAAACCUACAAUUUUAAUUUCGGCCAUCACCUUCAUUCAAAAUUAUUUGAAAUGAUGGCUAUGUGUCUAAAGAAACCCAGCCAGCCAGGCUCAAUCAAACCGGAGAUAUCUUCCUGCUCGGAAUCAAUUUGAUCAGUAAAGAAAAAACACAGAGGGUAUUGUUUUCAAUGGGGAGAGGGAUUAACGUGACCCAUCUUUAAAUUUUUAUUAGAUUGUAUGUAUGGGCUGAAAGUAUGUAUGGGCUGUGUACAUGUAUGCAUAAUUUCAAAUAUUUAUUACAAAAUUAAUGGCUGAAAUUAAAAUGUUAUAUUAACUCAUGUAAAAACAUCCCCUUAUUAAGGUUAAUACCUGCAAAGAUCACCACUAGCUCUGUUUGAAAAAAAAAAUGACUCCUUGCUUUUUGAAAAAUCACUGUAGUAUUUAACUGAAAAUAACAUGUAGAUAGCUAAAGUGAGGUCUAUAGUGCAUUAUUUACAUCCACUUUCGUUCUUGGUAAUGCCAUAUGAAGUCCAUACUUUUCAUGGGAUUGAGGGCAUUAAUUGUUUUUUGUUUUUGUUUGCUACUCGCCUGGCAAUCAACAGUAUUAUCAAGGUAAUGGAGGCUACCAAGUGGAAGCUGCUAUGUAGCAUGUUGCGCUGUAUAGCAUGCAUACAGUUCAAUCCUUGUGAUGCCAUUGUGGGAAAUGUGCUCAGGAUUACUGGUGGGCUGUGAGUAAGUGUAUUUUUGUCAAUGAGUCAGUGCAUGAGGUGUAAAAGCGUGUUUCUUGCUGGUUAGGUUAGUACUGCUGUUUGUGUUUCAUACGUACUAACGUGUUAGGUGGCCUUUUUAAAACUGCUGCAAGAAUUCAAGUCAGAUUUCAAUAUGGAUCUGGGGAAUAUUAUUUGACAUGCUUUUUAAAAACCACUACAACCAGCAAAGACCAUAGUUGAUAGUGUUGGGCACCUUGAGAGAGGUGUACUAGGUGAUUGAUAUAAUACGACCCAGGCACAAAGGAGGCAGUGUAACACAAAGUAUUUCAGUGUAAAUAUCAAUGCUGAGGGGACGCAACUAAACUCAGGUUCUUCCCGCUCCAGGGAAUUCUGCUUGCUCUCGAAGGGCAGGUCCAUGAUGAUGCCUAGGGAGCAAUGGUUUCUGGCCUGUUCUGUGUAGUGUCUUCUUUCCACAGUCUAUGGGCUCACUGUCCAUUGGAUUGCCUCCCUCUGGAGCUCCACAUACACUCACAGAAUCACAGCACCACCAUGCAGUCUGAGGGCGUUUUCACUUCACACAGUCCUCAUCCAACAAACCAAACCAGUCAUCUUAAAGUAGAACAACAGAAAAGAAGACUCUGUUUUUUAGAGUUCACAUUUUCGGGUCAUUUCGAAGAGGACUCUGAUGAUUUCACUAUCCUCUUUCUGUUCAGACAAGAGUUCCACUGAAGCCUCAACCUUUACUUCUUUUAUUAUGGGUGGUUCACUUGGAACAAGAUGGCUGCAGCUAGACUUGUCUUCCUGUGGUAUUUGGUUAAAUAGGCCGACAGAUAGGGUUUGAGAACUACUCCUUUGCUUUGGAAGCCCUUCCUUUUGGAGGAUUUGGAUGAUGGAUGUAUACAGGGGAGGGUAUUUGGGUACAUACCACUGUUUCAAUCAAUUCAUGUGGUAGACCUGACGGGCCUUGUGACAGCCAGGUGGCCGGACCUUGAAAUUCAGCAGAGCCAUUUCCACCUUUCUAAUUCUUCAUACUGAUAAGCCAGGAGUUUACACUCACUCUCGGGUAUGAGCCCCAUCACCUUAGCGCUGUCUACAUUUCAGUCACACAAAUCCUCUCUUGUUUUGACACAUUCCCCAUCCAUCAGGCUCUGGAAGAGACUGCUCUUGACAGCAGAUGAGGCCGUUGGUCUCUGGGGAGCAUAAGACACCGACAGAGGAAAUUCUCAGAGCCUUCCACUUUGCCAGAUGAGAUUUAUCCAUGAUCAUAUUCAACCAUGUGGGCAUUCACGAUUUAGAAUAAUAUCUUCCCAUGUGUUCGUCUGUUUCAAUCAUUCGCUUCAGUGUUUGGUUGAACCUUUCUACCAGUCCAUUGUUUAUGGGGGGUGAUUGACGGCAGUUUGUAGUUUUUUUUUUACCCUCAGCCUCUUGAAUAUUUUGCGUAAAAAACUUGGGACCUGAAACAGGACACUUGGUCGGUGAGAAUCUCCUUUGCCCGGCCCCCCCGGCUAAAAAGGAGGAGGACCUCGGACCACGGGGGAGCAAGUGGGGGUCUGCCACAACAGCCACAGUUGGGUUUUAUUUAGACCACAUGAUUCUUCUUCAAGUGUCCUUACCAUAUCAGUGCUCCACAACACAAGUUAAAUGAAAUAAGAGAAUUGUAUUUAAUUUGCCUUCUCAUAUGGACUUUUUAUUUGUAUUUUGUGUAUCAGGGGAAAAGUUAACUUUAUGUUGUUGGUGUGUGUGUGUGUGUGUGUGUGUGUGUGUGUGUGUGUGUGUGUGUGUGUGUGUGUGUGUGUGUGUGUGUGUGUGUGUGUGUGUGUGUGUGUGUGUGUGUGUGUGUGUGUGUGUGUGUUACUACAGCUUGUCUCGUUAUGCUUAAUGUGUUUGUUUCAUGGCCUUGAGAGAUGAGUGUUCUGAGUGCAGAAGAUGAGUAUAAUUCCUGCGUGUCUUGUUAAAACACUGUUACCCGUGUGCAUCGCAUCAAACUUCACGCUUCGCUGAUAGGCUCACACUGUUGACGGCAUUGAAAAAUCAGAUUUUAUUAUUUAUUUUGGCCUGGUCUCAAAUACCAAACAACAACAAAAAUUAUACUCUAAAUAAAGGCUAGAUGUUUGCUGUAAGAUAUUGGUUAAUUAUUAUAAGUGUGUGUGUGUGUGUGUGUGUGUGUGUGUGUGUGUGUGUGUGUGUGUGUGUGUGUGUGUGUGUGUGUGUGUGUGUGUGUGUGUGUGUGUGUGUGUGUGU